CGUCUGCACCGCCCAGUCAGCUCAAAAGUUUGUAAAGUCCGCACACCGUCACCUCCCUGAACGCAGUCACAUCCUCACCCGUGGAUUACAAAGCUCCACCACUCAAGACAACCUUCUCCGACCAAAAGUAUUGCUGUUUGCCACCUGAUAAGAACACCAACUCCUGCCUGAACACCUUCACGCCCAAGACUAAGAUUUUACCUGGAAGAAAGAGAGACAGAAAAAAAAAAGGCCAAAACUUGAAGAGAUGGAGGGUUUCAUGACACGGCUGAUGGUGCUUCUGUGCAUCACCGUUGCAACCUCAGCCUCGACUCCGACAUGUGAACCGAAGAAUGAGGACAGGGAGUCGAUGUAUGUGAGGGAGAUGCUAAUUGGCUGUUGGACCAGUUUUGUCAAAGAGGAGGUCGAGGUCCACAUCCUGAACCUGCACUAUGACGCGGUUGAUAAAAUGUUCUCCUUGAAUCUGACUUAUGCAAGAUCGAUGAUUCUGAUCCUGACAUCUUCCAAAAGGACCUAUGGUGUGAGCAACAGUAACCCAGGCGUUAAGAUUUACAUAAAAACAACCUCCCCGAUUGUUCUAUAUGACAACGAUCGUCGGAACAUUACCAGAGAAGAUUUCCCGACUCAAAACGAGGAGCUGGUGAAGUGGGCAGAACAGAAGUUUGGGGGUGUGACGUCAUUCACGACUGUUCGAAAUCUGAAAGACCUCACUUUCAGUGAAACACGUGGAACCAAGCCAGGUCCUUCUAAGUGCAAACUUGAAAGUGAAGAUCCAUCAUUGAAGCCCUUUGUGGUCUUCAGAACUGAUGAGUCACCACUCAAAUCUUGCACCCCGAAGCAACAGAGCAGUUCUGCAGAUGAACUUCAUAUCAUAAACAUCGAGGAGAGCUCCAGCAUCCGCAAUGUAUCUCUGCAUGUGAACGUCACAAACACCAGAGUGUUCCUUAGAGGCCCUCAGGGGACCACGUGGACUGUCGUUAAUCCUCAACUCGCUAUGCUUCGUUCUAACAACAACAUCAUGCUGGUUACCGAGGCGAUCAGUUAUGGAAUCAAGCCGCAGUGCACGCUAAACAAUGACAGCGCUGUCAAUGUGCAGAAGGUGGCCUUAGAUACUUUUAAAACCAAUAUCUUCACCAGCUACACUGAAGUCAGACAGGACACAGAAAACAACCCAGUUAUUUCCCUAAUUCUCGGAAAGGCUCUGAACGCAGCAGAGAUUACUCCUUCAGCCACAGCGACAACACCAAGGCAAAAACCCCUGAUUCCCAUGACGACUAACCCUCCUCAUCUGAUGCCUUUGGUGAUGCAGCUGUUCACCUCCCCAGACUUCCGUUUACCUCUCGACCUGAACGCCAAAGUACAGAGUGAUAAGAGAAUUUAUGCAGAGAUUUCUGGAGCCACCUUAGGGAGCAUUGUUUUGAGCAUAAAGGUGAUCACAUGCCAUGCUCGCUCCAAAGGGUCGUGCCCUGUAGUGAAAGAGCUGCCCUUCUUUCCAGAGGCCUGCUCCUUAAAUACGUGCACCACCAGCACCAGACUCAGCUUCUCCUUUGACCAGAUCCAAGAGCUCACUUCCACCACAUGGGAUGUGGAAUGUUCUGUUGAAAUUUGCCAUCUUGAGAGAUGUGGACCUGGAGGAAGCGUGAGGAGGAGCCUGGAAGUGACACAGCCGUGUCUGCAACCACCAACCCAACCAUGCAUUGACUUUGGCUUAUCUGGUGUUCUUGGCAUUGCUUUUGGAGGGUUCCUAAUUGGAGUAUUACUUAUCGGAGCUCUGUGGAUUAUCAAAAUUAAAACAGGGUAUCCAACUGGACUGGACUCCACUGCAGCCAGCAUUCCUGUAUGCCCCUGCUCAAGAGUAAAGCGGCAGCCUGUAUCCACCAACCCAUGCCCCUCUGAAAACAGCAGUGCCAAUGCAAGCAUUGGAAGCACCAAAAGCACACCGACCAGUAGCAUGGCAUAAGUAUGUUCCACCAUCAAAGACAUUUAAUUGGUUUAACCUUCUUUUUUUUUAACAUUUCCAAAUUUCUGCCACAUUAUAAUCUCAUUAAAAAAAUGUGUUGGAAAAAAUGGGUGCUACCUAGAAGUUUAGUAGUUGUGGGAAUUGAAAGGUGGAUUACAAACCAAAGAUCUAAUGUCCUGUGGAUUACAUUUGGAGUCUCUCUGUGAGGCAAAACUUCUAGACGGGAAGUUAGAAGGGCCAAGAAAGGAAAAACAAAAAAGAAAAGAAAUAAUCUGGCUCUGAGCAACAGGAAAAACAAACCAUAUCCCCCAAGAGCUAACAGGAAAUUCAGCGCAUUCCUUUCAAUGAAUUGUGGUUGCGUGAUGGCAGCACAAUAAUAGCACAACAGGAGACAAACUGGUCAAAAGACAGACAAAGAUGAAGUGCUGUAGCCAUGUCGGUCCCCCCCCCCCCCCCAAAAAAAAAACAAAAAAAAAAAACAAAA